AUGGCCCAAUCAUCCUUUCCUUUUUUACUUUCGUCCUCUGCAUCUUGCCGUCGUUUGGUCAGUCUAAUAGCAAUUAUACUUUUAAAUCCAUUGCCUAUUAUCUAUGCGGCACCUACCAAAAAAGCUACCAAUGAUGUAACAGCAGUACAACGACUAAAACGACAAACUUUUUCCAACGAUGAUGUCGACGUUAAUUUAGCUGAAUCCAGUGAAUACCCUUUUGUAUCUGAACAAGAUAUUGUUUUUGAAGGAUUAUUAGGCUGCAAGUACGAUUAUGAUAUAUGUAAUAAAAAUGAAGCCUGUUAUGAUGAUGAUCUUUUUGGACAAUGUUGGGAUGGUAAAGGAACAGCACGCUCAGCAUUUGCAUUACAAGCCGGUGUCGAUGGAUUAACCGAUGAUAAAAUUAUUGCAAUUGAACAAACGCUAGAGUUUUUACAGCGUUAUGAUCUAAACUGGAAAGAUUAUAUGACACAAUGUAUUUUAUCACAUAUAUUAUCUGCAGAAAAUCAAAUAACUCGAAAUAGUUUGGAAAAUUUUUAUUAUGAUUGUUUACAUAAAGAUGAAGUCUUAGAUGAAUUAGAAGCUGCGAAAGAAGAAGAUGUGUACCGUCGUCAAUUAGAAUUGUACCAACCAAACGAAAAUUCCUAUUAUAAAGAUCCAUAUUUUCCUUCGACAAAAUCGGAUAAAGCACUGAUUCGUCUUAAUAAUGCAUAUAAUGCUGUUCCAGUAUUGAUGGAAUAUGAUGAAUCAGAUGAAGAAUAUGUUGAAGCAGCUCGUUUACUUCCAAUAACUAUUGGAAUAGCAAAAGCAAUAGCACAACAAAAAGAACAGGAACAAUUAAAAAAGCUCCAUCGUUUUAAUACAUACGUUUUAAAUGAUGAUAAACUUACAUUUGACGAAAGACCAGCUAAACUAACUGAAGAUGAGUCUAUGAUGCGCGAACCAACAAAAGUAUCUGUACAUACAAGUGAAGGUCAUCCAGGUUUAUUAGAAACAUUACAAAUCAAUAAUAAUAAACAAGCAUUUCCAUUAUUAGUUCAAAACGAAAUGCCCCGUAUCAUUCAAAAGAACAAUAAGACAAUCAACAAAAGUGAUGCCGAACGUUAUUUUGCAGUUGAGACAGCUCGAGGCUAUAUUAUAAUCAACCGAGAUUUUAAAGAUGCAAUCGAAGGAGCUCGAUUAUUAUCACUUUUAGCACAAAUGAAUUCUUGGCCAGCAACUAUUUUUACUGAACUUAAUGCUGAUCAUCGUGUACUAACAUUUCAUGUGUUGGAUAAUGCCUAUCAAAUAAAUGCAAGCAAUGUUGCUAGUGCAGCUUUAAACAAUCAAAAAAGUAUUGAAAAUCAAUUGGGCAUUCAUGUAACUGAUUCUGGCAUUGGCAAUCCCAUACGAGGUAGUCAAUUAUCAGUUGAACGAGAAAAUGGUUCACGUUGGGCAUUGGUUAUAUUGGUUACUUGUGCUUUGGUACUUUUCAUUAUGGGUGCAUUUGCUUUACUUUACUACAUCAAACGGAAUGACCGCAUACGAAACAAACUUGCUGAAAUAACACAUAUUAGAGGUUUAUCAACCAAUUACUAUCAAGAACUGUGCCGACAACGAAUGCAAACUCAACCGACAGGUAGUAAAUCACCUGAAAUACACAAGACUCAUCAAAUAUCACCAUCAAAUGCAGGGGCAACUACAGUAUCAGCUGCUAGUCAUACUAAACAUAAUAGUGAAGGUUCAUCAACACGAAGUUCAACAUCAUCAUGGAGUGAAGAGCCCGUUGCUCCCGUUAAUAUGGAUAUUAUGACUGGUCAUCUUAUUUUAUCAUAUAUGGAAGAUCAUCUACGUAAUCGACAUCGUUUAGAAGCUGAAUGGCAAGCAUUAUGCACAGAUGAAGCAAACGAAGAACGAUCGUCAUGUGCUGUUGCAGUUUCAGAACGAAAUACCAAUAAAAAUCGAUAUAUAGACUGUAUACCAUAUGAUCACGCACGCAUUCGACUUGCAAACAAUGGCGACGACGAUUAUAUCAAUGCAAGUCCAAUUACGGAUUCUGAUCCAAAAUGCAAAUAUAUUGCUACACAAGGUCCAAUGCCAAAUACAACAAAUGCAUUUUGGGAAAUGGUUUGGGAACAAGGAUCGUGUGUCAUCGUAGCAUUGACUCGACCUAUUGAAAAUGGUAUAACAAUGUGUCAUCAUUAUUGGCCAGUGGAAGGUUCAGCACGAUUUAAUGAUUUCGAAGUCAAUCUCGUUUCGGAACAUAUUUGGUCGGAUGAUUAUUUAGUUCGUAGUUUUUAUUUAAAAAAUGUUCAAACAAUGGAAACACGUACUGUAACACAAUUUCACUUUUUAACAUGGGGCGAAUUAAAUAAUCCACCAUCGGCUAAAGUUCUACUUGAUUUCCGACGAAAAGUGAACAAAUGUUUCCGUGGUCGAUCGUCACCUAUUAUUGUUCAUUGCAAUGAUGGUGUUGGACGUGCCGGUACUUAUAUUCUCUUGGACAUUGUCUUAAAUCGUAUUUGCAAAGGAGCACGAGAAAUUAAUAUUGCUGCUACAUUAGAACAUAUUCGAGAUCAACGAGCUAAAAUGGUCAAGACAAAAAAUCAUUUCGAAUUUGUAUUCGUGGCUGUUGCAGAAGAAGUUACUUAUUUAUUAAAAGCAUUGCCUCAAUAA